AUGGCUCAGCCGCCCGCCCCGCGCACCUUCAACCAAAAACUCCUCGACCAUUUUACCGAACAGCAAGCAAAGGCUCAGCAAGGAUGGCAGCAGUCGGUUCCUCCCACUGACCGUGCUCACCACUUUAUGAAUCUUCUCACCCAGUACAAGUUGUUACUGGGCACAGACAAAGAUGCGCUGGCUAUGCACACGGCCAUGAAAACGGAGAUGGACGCCUUCAAUAACUCGCAGACAAAGGAUCAGUACGCCGCCGCAAUCAGAAAUGAGAACAACAAAUUAGCUCGUCAACGCCAGGAGCGAACACAAUUGCAACCCAACGCUGCUAUGGCGAUGCAGGGCAACAACGGAAUGCCCAUGCAGCCUAACAACAGCAUUCUCAACGGCAUGAGCCCUGCACACAUGGCCAUGAUGGCCCAACCUGGCGUUCCGGGCGCCCGUCCCGACGCUGCGCAGCAGAUGCUCCAAGCCUUCCCAAACCCCCAGCUACAACGGCCGAUGCAGACCACGCCGCUCCCUGGAAACCAGACACGGCCUAUGAUGGCCAUGGCAGGCGCCGGCCAGCUGAACUUUCCCGUAGGCCAGUCCGCUCCCCGGCCGAACAUGCAGCAGCCGCAACAGAUGCCUCUCGACCCGGCUUUGGUAACGAACGUUGCACGGCGGUUAAUGGCAACCAAACCGGAGCUCAGGCAGAAACUCCAAGAAGAAAUAGACGCAUGGCCUCCGGAGAAGAAGCAACACGCCAAGCUGCGUAACAUCGAUCCCGUAUUCCUCCGGUUCCGCCAGUUUGCAGAGCAGGCUAUCCGCAAUGGUCAAAUCCCCCUUUCCGCUGGCGCGAUGCCCACUCAGAAUGGACCCAGUCUCCAGCAACAAACCCAGUUUGCCCAGAUGCCCACGGGCUUGAACCAGCGUCCUGCCAAUGCAGGAUUCGACUUCAAUGCGCUUGCCGACCAGCAGGUCGAGGCACUUCGAGUCCAAAACCAGGGUCAAACCGUCGUUCCGGCGAGCAACAACGGGACCCAGAAUCUCAUGGGAUUUCCCGCUCAGAAUACUCCGCAAGGCCAGCUUAUGGGACAGCGCCAGAUGCAGACCGCGGCCAUGAACAACAUGCAACGACAACCGUCACAGGCCCAAAUGCAAGCGCAGGCUCAUUCACAAGCUCAAGCCCGGUUACAACAACAACAACAGCAGCAGCAACAACAACAACAACAACAACAACAGGCGGCCCAGCAGGCCCUGCAACAGGGCCGUCCCCAAGGCCCCGCUCAGUCGCAACCCCAGCCGCAAGGUACACCGGCGAACCCGAACUUGAUGCUGCAAGGCCAGAUGCGCGGUCUUAACCCUCAAGGGCCCUCAGAGAAUCCCGCCAUGAAUCUGCUCACCCGUGGGAUGGUGCCUCCUGGUGUCAAUGGCGCUGGGGCACCCCAACAGCUUCCACAGGCUCCCAUCUCUCAGAUGGGACUGAACCCACAACAGUACGACCCGAUGGUGGCUGCCCAACUCAAGCGCGAGGCCCAGCAAAGAGCGAUGCAAGCUCAACUUGGCGGUGAACCGUUGACGGAACAACUUCGAAGGAGCAUGAUACCCCAGGAUGCUCCACUUCAGCUCAGAAAUCACCUCCUGCGUGUCCCUGAUAACCACUUCCAUAGUCUGCUGUUGCAAUACCAAAAUGCGCGUCUUGGAGGACACACGGGACCGGGUCAACCUUUCGCGCUCAAUGGUGGUCAACCCAACAUGAUGGUCAGUCCGUCCCAAGCUCUACAAUCCGGGCCGCCAGGUCAAAUGUUGGGCAACCAGAACCUCGUGCACCCUGCAGGAAUGCCGAUGGGCCAGCAGAUGGCCAACCCGGCACUCGCUCAGCAGCUACACAUCGUCCCGGGACAAGCACUGUCUGACCAACAGAAGCUCGCGGCGGGCCACCAACUGUUGCGUACCAACCCCGCGCUCAUUAGAAAUGCCGAUCAUGAACCGUUCAGCUUGAUGGCAGGCCAGGCAUCGACGAAUCUGUUGAACAUGCUUCCGAAUGGGGUUACCACAUGGGCUCAGCUUCGAAGCUGGGUCGAACAGAACCAGGCCCGACUGCCGCACAUCAACCCUAACAAGAUCACCACGAUGCAAGCCGCACAUGUGGCAAAUAACCUCCAUCUGGCGGGGAACCUUAUCAUGGCUUUGAAUUCAGCAAUGGCGAUGCAAUCCAGUCAACCGCAACAACCAAACCCGAUCAUGAUGGCUCCACAAGCAACGAUGAUGGCGAACCAGCCGCCGAUGCGACCGGGACAAUCACAUCCCAAUCUGCCUACCGUGCCGGUCACGCAGCAGGAGAUUGAUAGUGCACGCGCGCAGUUCCAGGCGAAGGGGAUCACCGCCACUGACGAGCAGUUGCGGGCGCUCGUGGCGAACCACAAGCUGAAACAACUUCAGAUGCACCAGCAACAGCUGCAGCAGCACCAGCAGCAGAUGUUGAACCAGGCUCAACGAGCUUCCGCAAUCCAAGCGUCGCCCGGCCCCACACAACAGAUGCUUCGACAGACGGCGGCGUCACCCGCACCUUCUCAAAUGGGCGCUCAGGCGAAGCCAACGCCUAAACAGCAGUACGCUGCUAAGCUCGGGCAAGCCACUGAACAGCGAACUCCGAAGCAGGGUGUGAAGCGACCGCAUGAAGAUGGCGAUGGCAAUGAGGCAAUCACGGCCUCUGGCCCUCAAGCUCCACCUAUGGUUGCCUCAGCGUCACAGCAAAGUCUCGCUGACGCGCAGCGGGCGCGGGCAAACCUAUUGCAGGCCCAGAACACAACCGAACCCAAGCUCCCACAACGACAUCCUAUGCCCUCGACCGAGAGCGCAAACAGGCUGGCAAAAUUCCAGGCUAUGCUGCAAGAAGAGGAGAAGAGAUUCACCCAAGGCGAACCUGUGCCGCUGAAUGACCAGGUUCGGGCACAGAUCAACACGCAGCUUCGCUCAAACCGCACGCUUCUCAACGAUGUGGUGCCUUCGUUGCGCCUCUACGCUGCCAAUGGGGACGAGGGAACCACCCGCGGGUGCGUAAAGAUGUGGGUCAAGCUACGCAGGAACAUCGAUUUGAGCGAGUUUAAACUCGCCGAUAACAGCUCAAUCACGCUCCAUGAGUUCGAGCGCAUCCUCCACACCUUCGCCAAACUCACGACCCAAAUGCGGAGACACCUGAAUGCCAUGAAGGCCAACCAACAAAAUCAACAGAGCGCUGGCCAACCGAGUCAGCAACUGACCCCUGCCAAUCUGGCCAUCAUGGAACAGCAGCAACGCCAGCAGAAGCCACCUCCCGCUCCUGUAGCGCAACAGCCUCCGUUCGUCAUCGGCGCCCAGUCACCUCGCGGCGCGCCAAAGUACUUUAAGGGUGCCCCAGAUGUCAAGGAUCUUCGCCUCCCUGAGAAGAAGAAGGCAAAACUUGACCGCCAGAGCUCCACUCCCGCUCCGAAGCAGUCUCCCCAUGAAGCGAUUGGAAAUGAAGCUACUCCUCCACAGAAUCAGGCGCCCGCAGCGAAGCCGGCGGAAUAUAGGCCAGCAAUCUUAUGCACAGCCGACGGCUGUGAUAAGCUCAGGUUCACUACACAGGCGGAUCUGCAGGCACAUAUUCAGGAGGUCCACGCCAAGAUUGCAGACCCUGUCCAAUACGCUUUGGAGAAUUUUGCGAAGGUCGCAAGAGUUGAUUCCAAGAAGGGUCGGUCCAGGGCAGAAGGGCAGGAUGGUUCUAAAGCUUCGAUUGCGCAGAAGAACAACGCUGCCACCACGAAGGUUGGGCAACACCAAGCAGUGUCCCAACCCGCCGAGACGCCCGCCGCUCAGCCGUCUGGAGCCACGCUCAAGACUCCUCAAGCUGGCACAAAGGUGUCCACGCCUAGCACAGGAGCAGCGACGAAAGCGACACCAGCGAGCGCGACGAAGCCGCAGGCCAAAGAGGCUCAGCCGGCCACUGCUGUCGAGGCGCAGACGGCUGACGAGAGCCCGCUCGUUGCGAAUCCGUUCCCGUUCUCGGCCAUUGACAUGUCCUUGGCUGACGCUACUUCGGCCAUGGACUCUCUCCCCAUCACUUCCACGGAUCUCGCCGAUGAGGGCAGUCUCUGGGCUGAACAAAGCUUUCCAUCGCCUGCCACUCCAGACAUGACCAACGACAGCACGCCCAACACACUGGAAAGGUCACCCUCGCAUGAUGGAAUGACUACUCGUGCAAUCAUGGCCCACGGACCGCUUGGCCCCGUCAUGCUCAACACCCAGUUGUCCGAUGAUAUGGCCUCGCUUGGAAUCGCAUUGCCGUUGGGCUGGAAUGCGGGAGACGGUGGCCUCUCUCCUCGGUCUGAGAACACUCUUGAUGCUUUCGACGAGUUUAUCAAGGAUGAUCCGUCCAUGUUUGCUAGUUACCCGGAGGAUGUGCCUCAGGCAUCCUAG